AUGGGAUGGGUCCUAACACUCCCGAUCUGCGCCAUGCAAGCCAUCACUGGCUCAGGUCCUGCACUCAACAUCAUCACGGAGCUGGUCUGCGGCUAUAUUCUCCCCGGCAAGCCUAUCGCCAAUAUGGCCUUCAAGGUCUAUGGCUACAUGACCAUGUACCAGUGCCAGAUUCUGCUCUCGGAUCUCAAGCUCGGCCACUAUAUGAAGAUCCCUCCUCGCUCCUUGUUUAUCGGUCAGAUCUAUGGUACUCUCAUCGGGGGCCUCUUCAACUACCUGACAAUGAUUCUGAUCAUCGACUCUCAGCGCGGAAUCCUCAAUGGAACAAAGGACAAUCCUACCGGUCUUUGGACUGGCCAGCGUGUUAAUACCUUUUGGGGCUCCGGUUUAAUCUUUGGUGCCCUUGGACCCCCGCGGAUGUUUGCGUCCGGUGGCAAUUACGGAUUCGUGUACUAUGGCUUCCUAGUCGGUGCAUCACUCCCUGUCAUCCUCUGGGCCCUCUCCAAGGUGUACCCACGAGUCUCAUGGUCGAACGUGAAUAUCUGCAUCAUCACCCAGGGCAUGACCGCAUACCCCAAUGGCUACACGUUCAGCAUCCUCCCUAGCCUGAUCGCCUGUCUUGUGUUUAGGUUUUACAUGUUCCGCUACCACCAGGGCUGGUGGCAGAAGUAUGCUCUGAUCCUUGCAUCAGCCUUGGACACCGGUACUGCGUUUACAAGUGUCGUCCUGUUCUUGUUCAUUUCCGGUGGUGUCUCCCCCAAGCUACACUUUGAGGCCCCGCACUGGUGGGGCAACAAUGAGCAUGGAACCCCUAUUCCGUUCAUGGCCGUCGACCGGUGCGGUUCUUACAAUAGCAAGAACUGGACCAGUGGCGUGUAG